CAGUAAAGAAUUAUCAGAAAAAUGCCCUACUCACUGAAAGGAAGAAAUGUUCUGGUCACCGGAGGCUCUAGAGGUCUUGGGGCCCUCAUCUGUAAGAAGUUCGCUGAAGAAGGAGCCAAUGUCGCGAUCAAUUAUAUCUCCAAUUCAGCAGCAGCUGAAAAACUGGCCGACACUUUGACAAAGGAUUAUUCCAGCAAGACAUUUGUCAUCCAAGGCGACGCCGAAAAACGAGAAGACAAUGUGCGCGUUGUUCAAGAAACAGUAAAAAAUCUUGGCGGACUCGACAUUAUUAUCGCAAAUGCCGGAUGGACUAAGCUGAGCAAGUUUGGCGAUCUCCAUGCCUUGAAUGAUGACGAGUGGAACAAGUGCUGGGCAGUCAAUGUCAUGUCUCACCUGCAACUCAUGCAAGAAGCCGCGCCAAUCUUCAAUGCGAAUCCCGAAGGAGGUGUCUAUCUGAUUACUUCUUCCAUCGCAGGCAUAAGCAAUCGUGGUAGUAGCAUGGCCUACUCUGUUACAAAGGCUGCUGGACUGCAGCUCAUGAAGAACCUCGCAUUAACACAAGGGCCCAAGAUUCGAGUGAAUGCUAUUCUCCCUGGUCUUAUGCUUACUGAAUGGGGCCAACGUUUUGGGCCAGAAAUGAUUGAAAAGGUCAAAAACGCAUCCACACUGAAGCGCGAGACUGAUCUCGACGACACUGCCGACGUCUUCAUUCACGCGGCUAAGAAUACGUCCAUGACUGGCCAAGAGAUUGUUAUUGAUUCGGGCCUCGUUAUGGGAACGUAAUGGAAUUAAGUAGAAAAAUGGGUUCCCAAUUCACGAAGACUGUGUUGCAGCUCAAAGCCAUACGUGAAGCACUACCCUAACUGAAACCAAUUCUGUCCCAUCCUGCGAUCAUGAGGCAAUUCAGCACCAGAAUUCUCAAGCAUCACAACAGUUGGGCGAAUGGUCUAGUGGUAUGAUUUUCCCUUAGCAUCUUUCUCCGUCUCAAGAGUACUUGAGAGGGACCCGCUUGGGAGAGGUCCGGGGUUCAAUUCCCCGUUUGUCCAUUUUUUGCCUGUUAUAACCUUUUGACCUGGAUUUUCUUCUUCUUAAGUUUGUUUCUGUACAUACUUUGGGGUCGUGGGAACGGUGAAGCCGAUAUUUUGCAGUUCGAAUGCUGCGGCGUCAUACUUCAGUCUUUUUUUUACCGAGCUGAUCUGAACGUAACGCGCAUGGUCCCUUUCACAUUUUUGGGCACAACUUAUUG